AUGACAGGCGGCCCAGUCACAAAAAUCGAAGAGCCGCCCGGCAUCACGUGUGGGUUAUGUUUUAAUGUUCUCAGCAAGCCUUCCACAUUUGAAUGUCAGCACAGUUACUGUACGGACUGCGUGCGGGCCAAGAUGGAAUCGCAGAACAGUAACGGCUUCGUGUGUCCUCUCUGCAACGUUCUGCACGCCGGGGUCACGGUACGAAACUUGCAGAACUACGCCGACGCAGUCCGUGCCAACCACGUGAAGAUGAUGGCGGACGGCGCCGAUGGAAAGCUGAUGUGUCAAUGGUGUGAGGAUAUUCCUGCGGUGAUGCAGUGUAACGAGUGCAUGUCUGUCUACUGCACGGAUUGCAACGCGGCCGUACACAAGAGCGCUGCGAAGCGUGGACACAUGACGGGGAAGAUCGGGGACCCGCAGACGCUGCGUGGAAUACAGAAGAGGUGCAACAUCCGCGGUCAUGAGGAAUACCGUGCAGAGUUUUACUGUGUUCAGUGUGAAGAGAUGUGCUGCGCGUACUGCCUGCAGGUGGGGCCCCACAAGAGCCAUGAGAAUAUUGGCAUCUCACAAGCAGCAGCUGAAAUUCGGCAGCGAAUGUCGAGGGAUGUGGCUGUGAUUACGCAAACAAAGGCACGUCUUGAGAGCCAAGCCAGUGAACUCAAUCGUGUGACAACGCAGUACUUCAAUUCCUAUGAUGACAUUGAAAACAUUAUUACGGAGCGUUUCAAUUACUUUAAGCAGCAACUGAUGCAGCGUGAGGUAGAGGUGCGCAGGAAGCUUGCGACCCUGCGUGAGUCUGGUGAUGCCUCGCUCACAUCUUCGCGUAAGCUAUACUUGGUGAAACUCAAUUCUUUAAACGAGGCCAUGCUACGUUUUCAACGCGUGCAGCACGGUGGCACGGACUAUGACGUGCUUGAAAGCCGCUCCGUCAUGUACAGCCACCUCAAGACCGAGGUACCCGCUGUGAUGGGGAGCGGAUUUAAACUCUCCGACCUCGGCGACAUGGUCAUCACGGGUCUUGAGCUUGCGUUAGACAUGCAGACCCUGCACAGCGCGGAGCCGCCGAAGAACGGUGCGGCGCCGCCGAUGCUGCUCAAUGAACUGCCCCCCACCGGCCUGUCAACACGCCAGCCAAGCGAAGCGAAGAACGGUAACCGGCGCCCCUCCGUUUCGCAGCCAGAGGCGCCGCUACGCCUUACCUUCCCUGUAGAUGACGACGUGGAGGCCAUCGUGAAGGAAGAUGGUGUGCUGUUGCGCUGCGUCGCACGUGGUGGAAAUGGCAAGACACAGAUCGGUGUCCGUAGCAAAGAGGUCAUGGAGACCGUCGUGCGGUUCUUCCCAGAGGAUGGUGGCUUCGUCACGUGGCGCAUACGACUAGAGGAUAUUUCAGAGUCCUUCGUGGGUGUUGUAGAAAAAACCGACUUGCCGGCGAUUCCAGAGGGAUUCUACUGGAGACCCACAAGAAGUGGCACCGUCGAUGGGCAGAUUGGUCGCCCGACCCAGCUCAUUCAACGGCUUCCAGUGUGUCGCAACGGCGAUGUGAUAAGUUUCACAUACGACGUACAGAAGGAGUUGUUGCGUGUCAGUGUGAAUGGAGGCGAUCGAAUUGUCGUUGUCACCAAUUUGCACCCCCGCAUCGCCGCGUGUUUUAUUUUUUACCCCGGCGAAGCGUUGACAGUCCUGUUCUGA